AUGCCGUCCGACGUGGCUUUCAGAGCCCGUAAUCCGGUAUGCUUGCCGAGAUCCAGAUCGGUCGAGCGAUUUGGAACUGUUGGAACUCUUACCAGAGUUACAUCCGUUCCAAAUCUCUCCACCUUCCGUGUUGGAUCAAACUAUCGUCCAUCGACUCUCCACAAGUACCGUAGAGACUACGACUCGUUGGAUGACGCAGCCAUCGAUCGUUACACCUUCUACACUCCAUUCUACUGGCAAACUUAUCGUUUUGCUGCUCGUCGUCAACUUUAUGUUGACCCAAUCCCACACAGCUUGGGACACGAGUACGCUCCAUUCUGGUCCAGAUACAAGUGGUACACUGAUUGGCUCAACCCAACUUACUGGAGACGUUACCGUGACCCGAACUACGACAGACCUCUCUGGAACAGCUGGAGACCAUGGCAAUACGAUACCAAAAACGUGAAGACUGCCAUCGACUUGUACAGAAACGGAUGCAUUGAUUUCAAGACUUUGGAUAAGAAAUGGAUCGAGCCAACUGCUUUGGGACGUCGUGGAAAGGAUUGGUCCGACGUUUACCUUCCAGCUGCUCGUUACGGAGCUCAUCGCUACUUCUACUCGUUCUCUUAA